ACUUUGUUCACAUCCCAAUCAUAGACCACUACUUUAUAUAAUUGACUACAACUGUAAACAGUAUUGAAAACUAAUGGCAACUAAAAGUUUGUUUAAGAAAUCCAAAAAAACUAAACCAAAGAUAAUUGAUUUGACUGAAAAUGAAGACAAUAAUAGAAGUGCUGAAGAUCUGGAAAACAGACCUUUAAUAAGUGCCAACGAAUUUAAUAAUGAUGAAACAAGUCGGGAAACUAUCGUAAACAUGAAUCCUUCGGCGCCUCCUGAAGAAGAAUACCGACCGACGGGUUUGGCCGACGAUAAGACCCGAAGACUAUUCGUUCAGAAAGUCUAUGCAAUUCUUUGCGCACAGAAGACACUGUUCUGUAUUCUUAUAGCACUUUUCACAUACAUACCACACCUGAGGAAAAUAUUCCGCAAAUGGAUUUUUGAUCCAAUGUUCUACACCUCAAUCAUUGGGGUCCCGUUGUGUCUGUUCUUCGGUUUACUGACGACAUCUCUAAGUCUGUUAAUAAGUUAUGCUAUCACUCAGAGUACCGCCAAAGCCUUUCUAUAUUCUAUGGGUUUUAGUAAUAUCUGUGAUAUCGGAGUAAUUUUGGGAUCCAAGAGUCGCUUGGAUUUCACGAAAUGGCGGUAUAUAUCAUUAAUUCCAUUGACAAUGAUUGUGUCCAGUGUCUUUGCGCCCACUCUCCUCCACACAUCUCUUAAUAAUACCAUUUGGCCCUCAAUUAUCAUGACUUCUGCGUCCACUUAUUUGGCAGGGAAUACCGUUCCCGUCAUUCGGCACAAUGAUCUCCGUUUGGAACCAAACGAAUAUGUCUUCGCCGUCUCUAUCUAA